AUGUAUGGAAAUGGUUGUGGUAAAAAGCAUGGAAAUAUGCCUCCAACAGUAGUAAUAUCAACUGAUAAUACCAAUAACAUCCAAAAAUUUCGGGAUGAACUGCAAAAAAAUGAGGAAAAGUUGCAACAUUCAACCAGUCACUCAAACGUUUCAUUUCCAUUUUCAUCGUUUGGUUAUGCUAAAACUGUUGCGCAAAAUUUUACAAUCGAUACAUCACGUGCUAAAACAAACAAGCACAUCGUUUCCAUAUGUGCUGCACAAUUGGGUAUACGUGAGUAUCCAGAAGGACGAGAAGAUGGUGGCGUAUGUGAUAUCUAUUGGUAUAACAAUAUGCAACACGAUAUCAAAUCUCUCAUCAAAAAUCCGCAAUCUAAAAUUAAUAAAUUUCCAG